UGUCUUUAUCAGAGGUCCCUCUUCCAGGGGGAGGGCCCAAGAGAAAACCAGAAAGAGGGUGAGAGAUUGAGGAAGAUAAAGCAUCCCAGGGCCUCCCACACCAGCGCCAGAGCAGGAAGGGGGAGGGGCCAUGACUCACCAGGCUCUGGGAGGUCACUUUUUUUUUUUUUUUUUUUUUUUUUUGAGAGGGCGCCUCGCUCUCUCACCCAGGCUGGAGUGCAGUGGCAGGAUCUUGGCUCACUGCAACGUCCGCCUCCCAGGUUCAAGCGAUUUUCCUGCCUCAGCCUCCAGAGUAGCUGGGAUUACAGGCGCACGCCACCACAGCUGGCUAAUUUUUGUAUUUUUAGUAGAGACGGGGUUUCUCCAUGUUGGUCAGGCUGGUCUCGAACUCCUGACCUCGUGAUCCGCCCGCCUCGGCCUCCCAAAGUGCUGGGAUUACAGGCGUGAGCCACCGUGCCCGGCCAGGAGGUCACUUUAAGGAGGACUGUCCAACUGCAAGGACGCUGUAAGCAGGAAGUGAAACCACAGCGCUUCAAAAAAAGAGGGAGACUGGGACAAGCGUAUCUGAGGCUGAGCAUGAAUCCACAGAUCAGAAAUCCGAUGGAGUGGAUGUAUCAACGCACAUUCUACUACAACUUUAAAAACAAACCCAUCCUCUGUGGUCGGAGCUACACCUGGCUGUGCUACGAAGUGAAAAUAAGGAAGGACCCCUCAAGGCUCCCUUGGGACAAAGGGGUCUUUCGAGGCCAGGUACUACCCAAACUUCAAUCGAAUCACAGGCAGGAGGUGUAUUUCCAGCUUGAGAACCACGCAGAAAUGUGCUUCCUCUCUUGGUUCUGUGGCAACCAACUGCCUGCUAACAGGCGCUUCCAGAUCACCUGGUUUGUAUCAUGGACCCCCUGCCUGCCCUGUGUGGCGAAGGUGGCCGAAUUCUUGGCUGAGCACCCCAAUGUCACCCUGACCAUCUCUGCCGCCCGCCUCUACUACUACCGGGGUAGAGAUUGGCGGAGGGCGCUCCGCAGGCUGCAUAAGGCAGGGGCCCGUGUGAAGAUCAUGGACUAUGAAGACUUUGCAUACUGCUGGGAAAACUUUGUGUGCAAUGAAGGUCAGCCAUUCAUGCCUUGGUACAAAUUCGAUGACAAUUAUGCAUUCCUGCACCACCAGCUAAAUGAGAUUCUCAGAAACCCGAUGGAGGUAACGUAUCCACACAUAUUCUACUUCCACUUUGAAAACCUACGGAAAGCCUAUGGUCGGAACGAAACCUGGCUGUGCUUCACCAUGAAAGUUAUAAAGUGGCCCUCACGUGUCUCCUGGAAGAGUGGCGUCUUCCGAAACCAGGUGGAUCCUGAGACCCAUUGUCAUGCAGAAAUGUGCUUCCUCUCUUGGUUCUGUGACCACAUACUGACUCCUAACAAAAACUAUGAGGUCACCUGGUACACAUCUUGGAGCCCUUGCCCAGAGUGUGCAGGGGAGGUGGCGGAGUUCCUGGCCAGCCACAGCAACGUGAAUCUCACCAUCUUCACCGCCCGCCUCUACUACUUCUGGAAUACAGCUUACCAGGAGGGGCUCCGCAGCCUGAGUGAGGAAGGGGCCUCCGUGAAGAUCAUGGAGUACAAACACUUUAAAUAUUGUUGGGAAAACUUUGUGUACAAUGAUGAUGAGCCAUUCAAGCCUUGGAAGGGACUAAAAACCAACUUUCGAUUUCUGGAAAGAAAGCUAUGGGAGAUUCUCCAGUGAGGGGUCUCCCCGAGCCUCAUGGUCUGUCUCCUCUAGCCUCCUGCUCAUGCUCUGCGGGCCUCCCCUCCACCCUGGAUCAGCUGUGCUUUUACCUGGUCAUCCUGAGCACCCCCGGCCUCAGGGCCAUUCCAUAGUGCUCCUCUGCCUCACCUCCUCCUCCCGGCUCUCCCAGGCUCUUCUUGCAGAGGCCCUCCAUCCACCUCCCCAGUCCUGUUCCCCCAGCCUGGGUGCCCCUAACCUGACUCUUCCCAUCUCCCCAGCAUAACCAAAUCUUUUUUUUUUUUUUUUUUGAGACGAAGUUUUGCUCUGUCGCCCAGACUGGAGUGCAAUGGUUGGAUCUCAGCUCAUUGCAAAGUCCGCCUACCGGGUUCAAGUGAUUCUCCUGUCUCAGCCUCUGAGUAGCUGGGAUUACAGAUGCCUGCCACCACGCCCAGCUAAUUUUUUUUUUUUUUUUUUUUUUUUUUUUUUGUAUUUUUAGUAGUGACUGGGUUUCACCAUGUUGGACAGGCUGGUCUUGAACUCCUGACCUCAGGUGAUCUGCCCAUCUCUGCCUCCCAAACUGCUGGGAUUACAGGCGUGAACCACCCUGCCUGGCUGCAUAACCAAAUCUUAUUAAAUUCAAUCUAGUCUUGGCCGCGGUGACUCACGCCAUUGGGAGGCAGAGGUGAGAGAAUUGCUUGAGCUCAGGAAUUUGAGACCAGCCUGGGCGACAUGACAAAGCCCCAUCUCUACAAAAAAAAAUACAGAAAAAAAAAAUAGCCAGAUGUGGUGGCAUGCACCUGUAGUUUAAGCUACUUGGGAGGAUGAAGUGGGAGGAUUGCUUGAGCUGGGGAGGUGGAGGCUGCAGUGAACUGAGAUCACACCACAGAACUCCAGUCUGAGCAACAGAUCGAGACCCUGCCUGAAAAUAAAUCAAUAAAUAAACUCAACCUAAAUUGAUAUGAAUAUAUGUAAGUUGAAUACCAGAAGUUUUGAGAAACAUCCUCUGUAAAUUUCAUCCUACGAAUUGGGUCAUUCAUGUCCUACCCAGCUAAAACAGAGGCAAGGGAGGAGAAGCAGUCAGGCCACACAACAUUGCUUCUGAAAUGAACUUCUGUGCAAGCCUGACUCCUGAAACUGUGCGUUGUACCCUGAAACCAGCUUUAUCCAUAGCUUCUCAGAUAAAUGGUUGUGAGAUAAAUGGUUGGACUCCUUGCUCCAAACGCAGCGACUCAGCAAUGGAACCUCCCAGCUCCCAACCCUUCCUAGUGCCCAUGGGCUUUCCCAUAGGGCAAGAGAACAUUUCUCCUUUUUUUUUUGUUGUUGAAAUGGAGUCUUGCCCUGUCACCCAGGCUGGAGUGUAAUGGCGCGGUCUCGGCUCACUGCAACCUCUGCCUCCCUUGUUCAAGUCAUUCUCCUGUCUCAGCCUCCUGAGGAGCUGGGAUUACAGGUGUGCACCACCAAGCCGGACUAAUUUUUGUAUUUUUAGUAAAAAUAGGUUUCAUCAUGUUGCCCAUGCCACUCUUAUUUUUAUUUUAUUUUUUUGAGACGAAGUCUUGCUCUGUCACCCAGACUGGAGUGCAGCGGUGCGAUCUGGGCUCACUGCAACCUCUGCUGCCCAGAUUCAAGCUAUUCUCCUGUCUCGGCCUCCUGAGUAGCAGGGAUUACAUGCACGUGCCACUACACCUGGCUAAUUUUUGUGUUUUUAGUAGAGACGGGGUUUCAGGAUUUUGGCCAGGCUGGUCUUGAACGCCUGACCUGGUGAUCCACCCGUCUCGGGCACCCAAAGUGCUAGGAUUGCAGGCGUGAGCCACCUGGCCAGGCUUAGGCUGGUCUUAAACUCCUGACCUCAAGUGAUCCGACCUCUUUGGCCUCCCAAAUUGCUAGGAUUGCUGGUGUGAGCCACAGCGCCUAGCCCACUUCUCCUUUUUAUAAAACCUGUUGCUGUCUCUGUUCUCCUGACAUGGUGAACACCACCCGGACUGCAUGUAUGUCCCAAAUUACAAUUCUUUCUUUGCAAAUGAAAUGUGAAAUUUAGAGGCCCUUCUCCACACUUUAAAUUUGACUCGACAUUUUCUGGGCAGAUGUAAGUUAUUAGAGAAUGAGAUUCUCUACAAAAAUGACCCCUUCAUGCUGUGGCCUCCACAGAAGAUGCCCUGGGCCAGGUGCUCACACGGAAGGCAUUUAUUUUCUCACAGAUCUGGGAGCUGCAAGUCCAAGUUCGAGGGGUGGGUUGGGUUGUUUGCUCUGAGGCCGCUCCUCCUGGCUGACAGGGCGUCCCUUCUGGCUGUGUCCUCUGUGGGUUCUCUCUGCCUCCAAAUUUCUUUUUUUCUUUUUUUUUGAGACAGAGUUUUACUCUUGUUGCCCAGGCUGGAGUUCAAUGGCAUAAUCUUGGCUCACUGCAACCUCCACCUUCAGGGUUCAAGCGAUUCUCAUGCCUCAGCCUCCUGAGUAGCUGGGACUACAGGCAUGCGCUACCACGCCCAGCUAAUUUUGUAGUUUUAGUAGAGAUGGGGUUUCACCAUGUUGGCCAGGCUGGUCUCGAACUCCUGACCUCAUGUGGUCUGCCCGCCUCGGCCUCCCAAAGUGUUGGGAUUACAGGCGUGAACCACUGUACCCAGCCUCAAAGACUUUUUAUAAAUAGAGAUGAGAUCAAGAGACGUGGGCCCGGGGAGGGUGGGGAGGGUGGCUGGAAGUGGAAGCAGAACUUGGGGAUUUCCGAAAGAAUGAGAACUGGGCUGGCCCAGAUUCCAAUGGGAAGGAAGUACCCCAUGAAGGAGCUAAGUCCCUAGGGGAGGGAGAGGGAAAGAAGGGACUGAAACCAGGAUGUGGGAAGUCUGUCCUGAGAGUCAUGGGCCCUUGGUGCCACCCCGAUCCCACAGCUGGAGCGUGACUUAACUCCCCUGUCCCUUUUCAGAGUUUGAGCACUGCUGGGACACCUUUGUGGACCACCAGGGACGUCCCUUCCAGCCCUGGGAUGAACUAGAUGAGCACAGCCAAGCCCUGAGUGGGACGCUGAGGGCCAUUCUUCAGCUGAGGGCUUCCUCCCUCUGCCCGGUGCCCCAUCGGCCUCCCCCUCCUCCCCGCUCCCCUGGGCCUUGCCUUCCCCUCUGCUCAGAGCCUCCUCUGGGUUCCCUGCUCCCCACAGGGCGCCCAGCUCCGUCCCUCCCUUUCCUUCUCACAGCCUCCCUCUCUCCCGUCAUUGUCACUGUCCCCAGGCCUCCUCCCUGUGCCCUCUUUCCACUCUGUCACCUCCUGCUCCAUUCAACCCCUCUGCUCUUCCAGAAUCAGGGAAAUUGAAGGAUGGACCUCAGUCUCUAAGGAAGGCAGAGACCUGGGUUGAGCAGCAGAAUAAAAGAUCUUCUUCCAAGAAAUGCAAACAGGCCGUUCACCACCAUCUCCAGCUGCUCACAGACGCCAGCAAAGCAAUGCGCUCCUGACCAAGUAGAUUCUUUUAAAAAUUAGAGUGCAUUACUUUUAAUCAAAAAUUUAUUUAUGUUUCAAGAAUAGAGUACUAAGAUUGUACUCAAUACAUUCAGAAAAGUUUCAAACCUACUAGUCCAGUGACAAUUUGAAUCGGUUUUAUAUGUAGAGGAAUAAAAUGAAAUACUAAAUUUUUCUGUA